AUGUCGCAAUUCUUCAACUACGGUGCCCAGCAGCACCACGCCCAACAUCUCAACGCCCACUCGCACAACCACCACGGCGGCCGAUCGCGGAGGGCGCCCCGGAUCUCGGCUCAGCAGCACAACAAGCAGUUCCGCCAAGUCCGCACCCCCAAGGAAUUCAACGUCGAGCCCCCCACCCUCAUCGCAUACAAGCGCGACUUCGAGGCUGCCAGGUCAUUCGACAUCGAGGACGAUGAGAUGUUCUGCCCCUUCCACCUGCUCACCGAGGAUGAUUUGCAAUCCAUCCACUCUUCCGGCUCAGACCGCUCCUCGCUGUCGAGCGGCUCGCCCGAGCAGUCGCCUCUCCAGCACCAGCUGCAGCCAACCCCCUCUUUUGUCCUGUCCUCAGCGGGACCCAACCCCUACACCCCUGUCGGUUUCCAACAGAACAACUCGCAAACCAAGCUACACCAGCCACUAGCCCAGCGUACACGCAAUGCCAUCCCCAUUGUUGACCCCUCGACACGAGCUGUUGCCAGCCCACCUCCCUCUGUCUCCCCCAACCGACAGAUGCAGCAACAGUUCAUGUCGCGACGCUGGUAG